UCCUGACUGUGCGUUUCACCUUACUUCCGGACUGUGCGGUCCACAUGCAGGAAGUGAGUUUUCAUCGACUGCUGCAGCCUCCCAGUGUCCGUGGAGAUCAGAAACUCUAGCUGUGAGGAACGGAGUCUUUAUUACACAUCACAUGUUCUGUAUUCUCUCUGACUCACCGAGGAUGGACAAGACAGGAGUCACAGGACUGAGAGGAUAAUAAAUAUCACCCUGGAGAUCAUCUACCUGCUGACUGGGGAGGAUUACACAAUAGUGAAGAAGACAUCCAAUGAGUGUGAGACACCCAGCAGCCAUCCCCGUGUUUCAGGAGGACUGAGUAGAACCCAGAGCCCCAUCACGGUGCCUCCACCUCACUCACUGACACAUGAGAAACACAAUGACCAGAAGAUCCUGGAACUCGCCAACAAGAUCAUUCAGCAGCUGACUGGAGAGGAGGGGGAGUAUAUAGAGGAACACAGGGGUCUGUAUAAGGACGUGAUGAUGGAGAAUCACCGGCCCCUCACAUCACUGGAUGGGCCCAGUAACAGAGAUAUCCCAGAGAGAUGUCCCCGUCCUCUGUAUUCCCAGGAUUGUACAGAGGAGAAUCACAGGAUCCCACAGGAGGAUCAGGUAGAACGUCUUUCUUGUAUAAAGGCAGAAGAUAUAAGGAGAGAAGAAGAGACAUAUGUGACUGAUAUAAAGGCAGAAGAUAUAGAGGAAGAAGAAGAGACAUAUGUGACUGAUAUAAAGGCAAAAGAUAUAGAGGGAGAAGAAGAGAUGUAUGUGACUGAUAUAAAGGCAGGAGAUAUAGAGGGAGAAGAGGAGACAUAUGCGACUGAUAUGAAGGCAGAAGAUAUAGAGGGAGAAGAAGAGACGUAUGUGACUGAUAUAAAGGCAGAAGAUAUAGAGGGAGAAGAAGAGACGUAUGUGACUGAUAUGAAGGCAGAAGAUAUAGAGGAAGAAGAAGACACGUAUGUGACUGAUAUAAAGGAAGAAGAUAUAGAGGGAGAAGAGGAGACAUAUGUGACUGAUAUAAAGGCAAAAGAUACAGAGGAAGAAGAAGAGACGUAUGUGACUGAUAUAAAGGCAGAAGAUACAGAGGGAGAAGAAGAGACGUAUGCGACUGAUAUGAUGACAGAAGAUACAGAGGGAGAAGAAGAAACGUAUGUGAGGGGUGAUCAGCAGUGUAAGGAGGAGGAGAUCCCUACAGAUAUCAGCACAGGAGAUGGACACACAAGCAGGAAUAUCUCAGAAGGACAUCUAAUGUUAUCCCCGGAUUGUGACAUAAAAGAUAAUGACAGUAGACAGGAUUCUCCAGGAGAUAACCCCAUUACCCCAAUUAUACAUCCAGCUCUAUCAGCUGAUCCCUCUGAUCCUGGGAAAUGUUCUCCUGAUCACUCUGAUAUUGGUGCAUCUGUUACAGCUCUGAGAGUAGAUUCAGUGUUUCCUUGUUCUAUAGAUGCACCAUGUUUUACACAGAACACAAACCGUAUUACUCAUCAGCCAGCUAAGGCAGGUGAGAGGCCAUUUCCAUGUUCUGAGUGUGGGAAAUGUUUUACAUAUAAAUCAUAUCUUGUUACACAUCAGAGAAGUCACACAGGUGAGAAGCCGUAUUCCUGUUCUGAGUGUGGGAAAUGUUUUGCACAGAAAUCAGCUCUUGUUACACAUCAGAGAAGUCACACAGGUGAGAAGCCAUUUUCAUGUUCUGAGUGUGGGAAAUGUUUCGCAUAUAAAUCAGAUCUUGUUACACAUCAGAGAAGUCACACAGGUGAGAAGCCGUAUUCCUGUUCUGAGUGUGGGAAAUGUUUUGCACAGACAUCAGCUCUUGUUACACAUCAGAGAAGUCACACAGGUGAGAAGCCAUAUUCCUGUUCUGAGUGUGGGAAAUGUUUUUCAUUGAAAUCACAUCUUGUUAGUCAUCAGAGAAGUCACACAGGGGAGAAGCCAUAUUCCUGUUCUGAGUGUAGGAAAUGUUUUGCACGGAAACCAGCUCUUGUUAUACAUCAGAGAAGUCACACAGGUGAGAAGCCGUAUUCCUGUUCUGAGUGUGGGAAAUGUUAUUCAUCGAAACCAGAUCUUGUUAUACAUCAGAGAAGUCACACAGGUGAGAAGCCAUUUCCAUGUUCUGAGUGUGGGAAAUGUUUUACAUAUAAAUCAGAUCUUGUUACACAUCAGAGACGUCACACUGGUGAGAAGCCAUUUCCAUGUUCUGAGUGUGGGAAAUUUUUUACAAGUAAAUCAAAUCUUGUUACACAUCAGAGACUUCACACAGGUGAGAAGCCGUAUUCCUGUUCUGAGUGUGGGAAAUGUUUUGCACAGAAAUCUGAUCUUUUUAAACAUCAGAGAAGUCACACAGGUGAGAAGCCGUAUUCCUGUUCUGAGUGUGGGAAAUGUUUUGCAUCGAAAUCAUAUCUUGUUACACAUCAGAGAAGUCACACAGGUGAGAAGCCGUAUUCCUGUUCUGAGUGUAUGAAAUGUUUUCCACAGAAAUCAGAUCUUAUUACACAUCAGAGAAGUCACACAGGUGAGAAGCCGUAUUCCUGCUCUGAGUGUGGGAAAUUUUUUGCAUCGAAAUCAAAUCUUGUUACACAUCAGAGAAGUCACACAGGUGAGAAGCCGUAUUCCUGUUCUGAGUGUGGGAAAUGUUUUACAUCGAAAUCGGAUCUUUUUAAACAUCAGAGAAGGCACACAGGUGAGAAGCCGUAUUCCUGUUCUGAGUGUAUGAAAUGUUUUACACAGAAAUCAGGUCUUGUUACACAUCAGAGAAGGCACACAGGUGAGAAGCCGUAUUCCUGUUCUGAGUGUAUGAAAUGUUUUCCACAGAAAUCAGGUCUUGUUACACAUCAGAGAAGUCACACUGGUGAGGAGCCAUUUCCAUAUUCUGAGUGUGGGAAAUUUUUUACAAAUAAAUCAAAUCUUGUUACACAUCAGAGAAGUCACACAGGUGAGAAGCCGUAUUCCUGUUCUGAGUGUGGGAAAUGUUUUGCACAUAAAUCGUCUCUUUUUAAACAUCAGAGAAGUCACACAGGUGAGAAGCCGUAUUCCUGUUCUGAGUGUGGGAAAUGUUUUGCAUCGAAAUCAAAUCUUGUUACACAUCAGAGAAGUCACACAGGUGAGAAGCAGUAUUCCUGUUCUGAGUGUAUGAAAUGUUUUCCACAGAAAUCAGAUCUUAUUACACAUCAGAGAAGUCACACUGGUGAGAAGCCAUUUCCAUGUUCUGAGUGUGGGAAAUUUUUUGCAUCGCAAUCAAUUCUUGUUACACAUCAGAGAAGUCACACAGGUGAGAAGCCGUAUUCCUGUUCUGAGUGUGGGAAAUGUUUUGCAUCAAAAUCAAAUCUUGUUGCACAUCAGAAAAGUCACACAGGUGAGAAGCCGUAUUCCUGUUCUGAGUGUGGGAAAUGUUUUGUAUCGAAACCAAAUCUUGUUACACAUCAGAGAAGUCACACAGGUGAGAAGCCAUAUUCCUGUUCUGAGUGUGGGAAAUGUUUUCCACAGAAAUCGGCUCUUGUUACACAUCAGAGAAGUCACACAGGUGAGCAGCCAUAUUCCUGUUCUGAGUGUGGGAAAUGUUUUGCACACAAAUCAUCUUUUGUUAGUCAUCAGAGAAGUCACACAGGUGAGAAGCCGUAUUCCUGUUCUGUGUGUGGGAAAUGUUUUCCACAGAAAUCGGCUCUUGUUACACAUCAGAGAAGUCACACAGGUGAGAAGCCGUAUUCCUGUUCUGAGUGUGGGAAAUUUUUUGCAACGAAAUCAAAUCUUGUUACACAUCAGAGAAGUCACACAGGUGAGAAGCCGUAUUCCUGUUCUAAGUGUGGGAAAUGUUUUACACAGAAAUCAGGUCUUGAUACACAUCAGCGAUUUCACAGGUGAGAAGCCAUUUUCAUGCUGUGAGAGAAAUAAAUCCGCUCUUGUUGAAAAUAUUAGACAUUACCCAAGCACGGAACCAUUUAAAUCUUCUGGAGUAUAAUUAUCACUGUCAUGCAAUGUUCCUCAAGGGUCAAUCCUAUCUCCUAUGCUUCAUGCAAUAUACAGUCUGGUCCAUAUAUGUUGGGACAUCGACACAAUUCUCAUAUUUUGGGCUCUAUACACCACCACAAUGGAUUUGAAAUUAAACAAACAAGAUGUGCUUUAACUGCAGACUUUCCGCUUUAAUUUGAGGGUAUAUACAUCAAAAUCAGGUGAACGGUGUAGGAAUUAAAAUGGUUUUUAUAUGUGCCUCCCACUUUUUAAGGGACCAAAAGUAAUGGUACAAACUAAACAAUCCUAAAUCAAAUAUUGUAAAUCAGUAGAUCAGUGCGCUCGUCCAGUUCAACAAAAAAUACUUUACUACUUAAUGUGGUCGCAGCCCGGAUCAGUGUUUCGUGAAUUGAGCUUUGACAUAUUUUCCAAGGGCGAUCUGAUUACCAUCUCCUAGAUGAAGACCUGGAUACAAUAUCCAUACUGAUAUG